AUGGAAGAAGGAGAUUAUUGGGAAAGUUUUGAGAUCAGUGAAAACGAAAGUGCUAAUGAAAUUGAUAGUGAAUUUUUUGUAGACAAUUUAGUUGAAAAUAAUACCCAACAAAGUGAAUAUACUGAUACUGAUAGCAGUGAUGAUAGCGACGUAAUAGUACAAAAGAAACGGAAACUAUGUGUUAUUGAGAGUGAUACUGAUGACAUUGGUAGUUAUUCUGCAGAAAUAGAUGAAGAUGACGACAAUUGGCAAGAUAUUACAGAGAGUGAUGAAGUUCCAGCAGGCAGAAUAGAUUUUACAGUAGCACCUAAUGUUGUGGGACCACAAGUUUCUUCAAGUGUUCUAGAACCUUCACAGUUUUUCAAAUUGUUUUUCACAGACGAGUUAGUUGAUGAAAUCAUAAAAGAAACCAACAGCUAUACCCCAAAAAAAUUGAAUUCGAAAACAAUAACCAAAAACUCUAUGUGGCAAACGUGGAAAGAUGUGGAACGAGAUGAAUUCUGGGCAUUUAUUGGGGUUGUUAUAAAUAUGGGAACAAUGCCAAUUUCAAACAUGCAGGAAUAUUGGUCGACAAAUGAAAAUAGUAGAAUUCCUUUCUUCCCAGCCAUUUUUACAAGAAGUAGAUUCAACCAAAUAUUUUGGAUGCUGCACCUCAAAACACCUGAUCCAGCAAACAAGGACCUAAGAAGUCGAUUACAAAAAGUAAGCAAUUUUAUGGAAUACAUAAAUUCGAAAUUUUCGGAAUAUUUUAUACCUGGUCAAAACAUUUGUGUUGACGAGUCUGUAGUGAAAUUCAAAGGUAGAGUUGCUUUCAUCACAUAUAAUCCUAAGAAACCUACAAAAUGGGACCUGAUUUACCAAUAA